CACUAGACUAGCAGGUGGCAACUAUGCUACUGUGCGCAACAGUGACAGAGAACGAGAGGGAGGUAUAACCUCAUGCGCAUGUUUUCGUGUCAGCGCAGUAAGAGCUGUUGUGCGCGUGCGUGCUAGUUUGAGCGAAAGAUAGAGAGAGACAGAGACACAGAGAGAGAGAGCGAUAGUGAGCGUAGGUGGAGAGUGGCGGCUCGUGCGUUGUGCGGGUGUGUAGCUCUGUGCGGGUGUCUCUAAUUACAGAUAGAAAAGCUGAGGCGCGCGGUGGAAACGAACGGAACCUUUGGGACGGGCACAGCGCUCAAGAAGCUUCAGGUUAACGGAUUAUUUCAAGAGAGGAUUCAAGCAGGAUGACCGACGCGAUGGUCCCAGAAUCCUCUGGGCAGAAGUCAUGUGAUGACUUUUCCCCCUCCCCAGCGUCUUCUUCACCCCCCCUCGCUACGGAGGAGGAGGGUCAACCUGAGAACAGGAAGGUGGAGCAGCAGAAACGGGUCAGUAACCAGGGGCAACCAUCUAGGAAGAGAUGUAAGGCCAAAGGCAGGUUGGUGAGGAGUACGGCCGUGUACGAAGAUGUGUCAAUACCUUCAUAUGCUGACACCAGCCAAGACAGCCAGGGCUCUCUGGAAGUUGCUGUGCUGCUGGGUUGCCAUGACAAUGAAGAGGACGAGCAGAGCAAAGAGACCACUGUGCCCACGCUAAUCGUCUCAGACACCAGUCAGGAGUAUACAGACUCUUCUGGGAUUGACCUGCACCAGUUCAUCAUCGCCACCCUGAACAGCAACCCCAGGGACAGGAUGAUGCUUUUGAAAUUAGAGCAGGAGAUGAUCGACUUCAUCACAGACAACGGACCCUAUAAGAAGUUCCCCCACAUGUCCUCCUACCAUCGGAUGUUGGUGCACCGUGUGGCGGCCUACUUCGGCAUGGAGCACAACGUGGACCAGACGGGCAAAUCUGUCAUCAUCAAUACCACCAGCAACACACGCAUACCGGAGCAGAGGUUUAUGGACUAUAUCAACGACGAGAAAGGGGAUGAGACUCAGUGGAGAUCCAUUCUGAAGAGAGACCACACGGAUGAUAACCAGGCGAGGUUUCAUACCCUACUUGAGGAGAAGCGUAGCAAGUCGAUGGAGGAGAGAGAGGAGGAGUACCAGAGAGCUAGAGAAAGAAUCUUCAACCAGGAGCCCACCUCUCCACAGGAGACCAGGGCUGUAGAGGAUGGUGGCCCUCAUGCUGCCACUCAGAGAAGGCAGCUCUUUAGGGGAACCAGGGGUAACUCUGGGUCAAGCCGACAUAGUAGCACAGAGACUGACUAUAGUCGCUAUAGCAAUUGGAGCAGCACAGACUCAGGUCGCUAUAGUAAUGACCCCCGACCCUGGAGCAGCACAGACUCAGGUCGCUAUAGUAAUGACCCCCGACCCUGGAGCAGCACAGACUCAGAUUCCUCUUACCAGAGGCCAAACCCAGCCCCAAUGGCCCGAUCAACAAAUCACAGCUGGGACUUACGAGAUGAAACCCUCAACACAGGCUCCAACUACCUCAUGGAGCCCAUUAAGAAUGGGAUUCCACCAGGAAGUAUACUACUGAACCCACAUACAGGUCAGCCCUUCCUGAAUCCGGAUGGAACCCCUGCCAUCUACCACCCUCAGCAGCAGGCCCCUCCCCAUCCUCCUCAGCAGGCCCCUCCCCUUCCUCCUCAGCAGGCCCCUCCCCUUCCUCCUCAGCAGGCCCCUCCCCUUCCUCCUCAGCAGGCUAGCCACAACCCCCAGGUGGUUCAGUACUCGUCAGUCUCUAACCCUCCCAAGCAGUUGCAAUACUCUAUGGGCGAGGAGCUUUCCUCCCAGUUUGGUUGCAUGAAUGUGAGCUGUCAGUCAGCAGGGGAAGCUCCGCCUCUGUUCCCUCCCUUAGCCCCUCCAACACAGAGUUUUGUCUACACUGCCAAUCCCCAUCCCAUCAACCCCCACAGCUAUUGCCAGCCCCCUCCAACUCAGGUGCCUGUGUAUUACUUCCCUUCUGCUCAGUAUGCUACCUCAGCACCCCAAACCUCGGCCACACCUACCCAGGCACCCCAGCUAACAGGUUACUCUCCUGCUGUAGCCGGUCAGCAACAGAGCUACCAAGGAAUGAUGGGUUUGGGUCAGAACCAAGCCCAAAUAAUGCUGGGUUCUUACACACCUGGCUCUUCACACCCAUGUGGUGCCACACUGGGUGGCGUGGGGUUGUCGUAUCCCCAGAGUGGUCUCCUGUCAGGGGAUUACUGCUGUAUGGUGUCUCCCUCCUGCGCCCCAGGUCCCGCCCCCCCCUUAUACACCGGCUGCCACGCUUCCAGCUGCAGCAACAUCAGCAGCCAUGGGUGGGCGGGCAAAUAGUGACCACCACCCCUAAACUUACAUAACCCCACGUACGCACUUGACCUUCCUUCCUCAUACCUCUACUUGCACACAACCCCACUGGUCCGUGUUCAGCUUGUGACGCAACCAGGGUUUUAACUGUCACACACAGAGACUUUUAUUGUACCAAAGCUGUAUCAGAGGUGCUGUAUUGAUUUAAAAACAUAAUUUAUAUACUCCAGUUGAGUUUUUUUUUUAUGGAUAUAGGAUGUGACUAUAUAUUAUGUAUUGAAGU